CAGAAAAAUAAUAAACAGUAAAUGGGCGCCAUACCAAAACGUUCCGUCAAAAUGUUAGCCACUUAUAAAUAAAUGAUAAAAAUAUUGCGAAACAUGGCACAUACCCCUGUCGAUAAUAUCUAUGUAAAACCAUAUUUUCAAUCUGUUUAAAUUGAUCAAAAUCACAGGCACAGAUUUUCCACACGGGCCAGGAGGCACGGUAUGGAGGGCGGGGGGCGACAGUCACGGCUUCUCAGCAGGUUGUUCAGCAGACUCAGAGGCGAUCACCACAAAUACAACACUCUGGAUAAACGGUUCUCCUUUACUUCUACCGCUGCCAACGGGAGUGUCGAAGUGAACGCUACACGGUCUGCACGAACACGCAACGAGCCGAAAAGCGUGUUUUACUUUAAUAUAAAGCCAACGACUAACGAGGCUAUUCACGUGUCCAGCAUGAGCGAGAGUACAGGCUGCAGCACCACCAUGGAUGAGGACCUGGAGAUGGAUCCCCAGGUCUGCUCCAAGACUUCCACUCCACACGCCUAUGGACCUGACGAUGACCGCUUUCCUGCUAAUAUCGAUUUGAGAUACAGUGGACAAUACUUGACACCAGAGCAACUGCCGGAGUUUUGUGACCAACUCCAUAAUCUGGUCGAAGUGAUAAGAAAUAUACAGUCCUAUGCCAAAGUCACGGGAGAGUACCCGAGUGAACUAGAACGUCGGUUAGAACAAGAAGCGCGCGAAGUAGCCGCCAUAGCUGCGGAAGCGCGCAACGCCCGUGACGUAGUUACGCGUGUGCGUGCACAACGACGCGCUGUGCGUGCGCACAAGAAGCAUCUCGUGUCGCAACUGGCUAGUUUGAGGGAAACCGAGGUUCGGGAGUUAGAGAGUACGGUGCGACUGUCAGACAGAAAGCUCUUCAAGAACUGGGAGGCGCUGAAAGACUCCACCGACCCAGCGGCAUUUGAGCCUUUACUUGAUGAAAUCAAGAACAAACAAGCUGCGCUGGAGUGCCUGCUUCGCCUGGUGGACAGCAAGAAGGCCGCACUGUCUCGCACCGCACCGCCCCCCACACCGCUACCACCACCCGAGUCAUCCCUUGACACUGAUGAGUCGGGUGCGACUGGCGGCUCGUGCGGUCCGACCGGCCGCAGAAGACACGAGGGCCGGCGCUCGGCGGGCAAGCGGCGGCGUCGCUCGCCGCGUUCCGUGCCGCUCUCCGGGGAGCCCAGCCGACACGCACCGCCGCCACAGGUCACCCUGUACAUCCAGGGUACGGAGAGCACCUCCAGGUACAGGGUAGGCAGUGCCGGAGCAGUCGCCCUCACACCGCUGGAGCUGCCUUCUGGUGGAAGCGUCAGGGAUAUACUCUUCUUUACCACUAAUUAAAUACUCGCUUUAAUAUAAACUACCUGUAUAAAACAAGCAUCGCAAUA